GCGCUUUUAGUCACUGGUCGGCCGUUACGCGUAACGGUUGUGCUGCCUCUCACGCUGGCUGGUGUGAUACUUGAAUAAAUUGCAUUUAUGUAUAUAAACUAAACCAAACAUCAGCGUAGAAAGCAAAUUUAUUUCUGCUGAAAAUCAGAUUUGUUUACUUUUAUUCAAUUAAAAAACGCGCGCCUCUGAAAGUGUUGCCGUGACCGCUAAAAUCUAGGCGAAUUUAAAUUCGUAAUUGUAUUGGUUAGGGCCAAAGCAUCGACAUGGUAGUCAAAGAAAUGCCCCUGCACGAGAAUCUCAGCCUGGAGAACAGACACGGCAAUGCCCAUGCAGUGCCGGCCAGCAGCAACGCGCCAGCAGCCACAACCACAUUCUCAGGCAUGGGACGCCGUUAUAGCGUGUCCCUGACGACGGCGGUGCUGCUGGCGUCCUUCUUCGUUUGCACACUGCUCGCCGUUGGCUUCAUCGUUUACAAUUUCGCGACUUGCGGACACCUGGAGGCGGCGCCCGGCGAGAACAUAAUCUGCACCAGCGUCCACUUGCGCAACUCGAAGCAUUCGAAAGGUGCCAGCGGUGGGUCCAAAUACGAUCGGGAUGUUCGCCUGCCGACCUCCAUCCAGCCCCUCAAAUACAACAUCACAUUGGAGCCCGAGAUGAGCGGCAACUUCAGCUUCGCGGGCAGCGUUCAGAUACGCGUGCGAGUGCUCGAGGAUUGCUACAACAUAACCAUGCACGUCGAGGACCUGAACAUCACACGCAACGAUGUGGCCGUCUAUCGGGCACUGCCUGGCGGCAAGGACGGAUGGGAAGAGAACAGCCUGCGCAUCCACAAGCAGUAUCUGGUGGGGGCCAAGCAGUUCUUCAUCAUCCAGCUGUACGACAAACUACGCCGCGGCACGGAAUACGUGGUGCACAUUCGCUACACCGGCAUUAUAAAGGACUACUUGCAGGGCUUCUACCGCAGCUCCUAUGAGGUGCUCAAUGAGACCAGGUGGCUGGCCUCUACACAGUUCCAGGCCACGGACGCACGACGUGCCUUUCCCUGUUUCGAUGAGCCGGCGCUGAAGGCGAAUUUUACGCUGCACAUAGCGCGUCCUCGACAUCUGACCAGCAUCUCCAACAUGCCUAUUAUCUACAGCAACAAUCACGAAUCGUUGGCCAAUUAUGUCUGGGAUCACUUUGCCGAGUCGCUGCCCAUGUCCACCUACCUGGUGGCCUUCGCCAUCACCGACUUCAAGCACAUCUCAUCUGGCAACUUUUCGGUCUGGGCUCGAGCCGAUGCCAUCAAAUCAGCCGAGUAUGCGUUGAGCGUGGGCCCGAAGAUUCUGGACUUUCUGCAGAGCUUUUUCGGCAUCCCAUUUCCGUUGCCGAAGAUCGAUAUGAUAGCGCUGCCGGAAUUUCAGGCUGGCGCCAUGGAGAACUGGGGCCUCAUCACAUUCCGGGAGACGGCCAUGCUGUACGACAAGGGCGUGGCCACCGCCAGCAACAAGCAGCACAUUGCCUCUGUGGUCGGGCACGAGCUGGCCCACCAGUGGUUCGGUAAUCUGGUCACGCCCAGUUGGUGGUCGGAUAUUUGGCUGAACGAAGGCUUCGCCAGCUACAUGGAGUAUCUGACUGCGAAUGCCGUGGCGCCCGAAUGGAAGCUGCUCGAUGAGUUUGUGGUUAAUGAAAUGCAAACUGUAUUUCAAUUAGAUGCGCUCACCUCUACGCAUAAGAUCUCGCAGGAGGUCGGCAAUCCGCAGGAGAUUUUCGAGCUGUUCGAUCGGAUUUCAUAUGCAAAAGGCUCCACUGUGAUCCGCAUGAUGAGCCAUUUUCUCACUGAUACGGUAUUCAGGCGAGGACUGAGUAAGUAUUUGAGUGAGAUGGCAUACAAAUCCGCCACCCAGGACGAUCUGUGGCGCUUCCUCACAGACGAAGCGAAAACAUCAGGUCUGCUGGAUAGCAGCACAAGUGUGAAGGCCAUCAUGGAUACCUGGACGCUGCAAGCUGGCUAUCCAAUGGUGAAGAUCUCCCGGCACCCCAAUUCGGACGCUGUACGCCUGGACCAGGAGCGUUUCGUCUACGGCAACAGCAGCCAUGCGAACGGCCAUCCGCUUUGGUGGAUACCCAUCACGUUUACGACCGCGGACGAGCUUCAUUUUGACAAUACUCGGCCCACAACGUGGAUACCGUGCACAAAAACUUAUGAGCUCAACAAUCGCAACCUCUCCACGGCCAAAUGGUUUAUAUUCAAUAUACAGCAAACGGGCUUUUACCGGGUCAACUACGACUUGGACAACUGGCGUGCAAUAACUCAGCAUCUGAUGGACGCGACGCAGCUCGAUCAAAUCGCGCCCGCCAAUCGAGCCCAGCUCAUCGAUGACGUCAUGAAUUUGGCCCGCGGCUCCUAUCUGUCCUAUGACACGGCCUUGAAUCUAACUCGCUAUCUGGCAUACGAAACGAACCGCGUGGCCUGGAAGGCAGCGAUUACCAACUUUAACUUUAUCGAUUCCAUGUUUAUUAACUCGGGUGAUUACGAUUUGCUUAAGAACUACCUAUUGAAACUGCUGAGCAGGGUGUACAACGAGGUGGUGGACAAGGACUCGCAGAGCGACAACGAAAACAUUCCGCUGCUGCUGAAGCGCUUCGAAAUAUUGAGCAUGGCCUGUCAUCUGGGCCAACAGCAAUGCAUCUCGGAUAGCACCAAACAAUUCCAAAACUGGGUACAAGCGCCCAAUCCCGAUACCUACAACCCAAUCAAUCCAAAUAUGCGCGGCAUCGUUUACUGCGCGGCCAUCCAGUACGGCACGGAGCACGAGUGGGACUUUGCCUUCGAGCGCUAUGUGAAGACGAAUGUGCCGGCGGAGAAGGAGUUGCUGCUGAGCGCGCUGGGCUGCUCCAAGGAGCCGUGGUUGCUGUACAGAUACCUGCGUCGGUCCAUUGCCGGCCAGCACAUACGCAAGCAGGAUGUCUUCCGUGUCUUUGCCGCCGUCUCCACCACAGUGGUGGGUCAGCAGAUUGCGUUUGAUUAUUUGCGCAACAACUGGCAGGAGAUAAACACUUACAUGGGCUCGCAGAUAUCCAACAUCCACACGUUGCUCAAGUUUGCCAGCAAGCGCAUGAACUCCAAAUUCCAACUGGCCGAGCUAGAAGACUUUGUCCGAGAUGCGCGCUGGGCGUAUGACAGGCCGCUUCAACAGAUUUUGGAACAAGUCGACAUUAACGUCGAGUGGAUGAACCGCAACUACAACUCGAUUGUCAAAUGGCUGCAACGUGAGGCCGGAACACAACCCACGUAGGCAGAAGGACACGGAUUACAUCCCAGCGAGCGGCUGAGCUGCAGCAGUAUUACAUUUUCAAAGGAAAUUGGAAUUCACAAUUUUUAGCAUCGGGCAACCAGUGCAUUUAUGUAUUUAUAUUUUAUGUGUAUGUCUUAGUAUUUAUAUCGAGUAUCAUCACAGGACAAGUCAAAGCCAAAGAAACAACAGAACCACUUGUCCACACAAAAUAUAAAGAAAUCCAUUGUAAAGUUUAUGUUUACUUUUAAAGUCCUAGGAGAAUCUGGUACUUUUAUUUCGAAUAUUCUUAUA